AUGUUUUCAACGAGAUUGUUGUUUAGAACUAUACGUCCAGUGAGUGUUCGUCUCGGUUCCACUUUGGCGUUUUUGGAGACGGCGGGUGGCCAAAUUACUCCGGCCUCUCUUUCUACCGUGACUGCUGCCACUCAGAUUGGAGAUCCUAUCACCGUACUUUUAGUUGGUGCUGGAUCCAUGGAAGCAGCCAAGCAGGCCUACAAGCUUCCUUCUGUUCAAAAAAUUAUUGUUUCCGAGUCGGAGAAGUACAAUCAUUAUCUUCCCGAAGAGGUUUCUCCACUUGUCGUCAAGUUGUUGAAGGAGAACAGUGGGUUCAAGCACUUCUUAGUGCCUGCUUCAACCGCAGGUAAAAACUUCUUACCACGAGUUGGUGCCGUUCUGGACUUGCAGCCGCUUUCUGAAAUCAUCAAGGUAGUCAGUGCAGACACUUUUGUCAGACCUACCUAUGCCGGCAAUGCCGUCUUGACAGUUAAAUCUAAGGACGAUGUGAUUUUGGCCUCUGUGAGACCAUCCGCAUUUGAGCCGGCUGCCGAAGAAUCUACUGCCACUUCUGCUUCCGUGGAGGAAGUGGAUUAUGUCAAGUCGGGAAAUAAAACUGAGUUUAUCUCUGAGAAGUUGAUCACUUCUGAGAGGCCGGACCUAUCAUCUGCAAAAGUGGUUGUCUCUGGCGGUAGAGGACUUAAAAGUAAAGAAGAGUUUGAUCAACUCCUGUAUCCAUUAGCUGAUAAAUUGAAUGCUUCUGUUGGUGCAUCUAGAGCUGCCGUUGAUGCUGGCUUCUGUGAUAACUCGCUCCAAGUUGGUCAAACGGGCAAAGUUAUUGCUCCCAAUUUGUAUAUUGCAGUUGGAAUUUCUGGUGCCAUUCAACACUUGGCAGGAAUGAAGGAUUCCAAGGUUAUCGUGGCUAUCAACAAAGAUGAAGAGGCCCCUAUCUUUAACGUGUCAGACGUUGGACUUGUUGGAGAUUUGCUGGACAUAAUUCCAGAGUUAACCAAGAAAUUGUAG